AUUGGACCAAGCUUUGUAGUUGGAUAAGUGUACAUGGCUUAAAAUACUACGGUUGUCAAAAGAUUGCAAGAUGGAUACAGCUAAACUUGUAGUACUACCACUGAUAUGGUCAAUUUUGGCAGUGGCGGGUCAAAAUAUCUUCAGUGAAGAUAGUGUGAUGGAAAGAUGUCCUCUUACAAAUACUGAGAAUCUAGAGUAUUUCAUAAACUCUACUGCCAAAAAAAUUAUCCUUUCUCAUUUAAAUCUGAUGGAGGCCCAGAUGAAUAAAUACAGGAUAGAGUUGAGCGAUCUAAAAACCCAAAUCACCGAGAAUAUAAAAAAUUUGCCUAAUGAUGAUCCAACAGAAGCUGCAAAAAUAGGUGUUCGGCUCAUAAACGGAAGUUCUUUAGGCCAAGGAAGAGUUGAAGUUUACAUGAAUGGAACAUGGGGGACAGUAUGUGGUGACAAUUGGGACUAUAAAGAUGCCAAUGUGAUCUGUAGACAAAUCUUUGGAAUUGAUGGCGGUCACCCCAUUUCAAGGGUUAAACAGGCUCAGCCGUUGUUUGACUUGCCUGAAAUGAGGAAACUCGACCGCAUCACAGAAAAGCUAGCUCACUGGCGAGGCAGUAUAAGUUCCUAUAUCUGUCCCCACUACACUUCUCCCCGCUCAGGGAAGCUUCGACCCGAAGCUUCACAUGAGUUCUCUCUUAGUGUCUGGGCCUCUUCAGUUACGGGAUCCCGGCGCUCCCAGUACCUGGACACAAAGUCCUAG